AUGGCGAAAAGCAGCCCAGUAUGGACCGAGCAGCUGGUCUCGCUGCUUGGUCUGGACAAGGAGACGGUCAAGACACAGAUCAUCCCCUUCCUCGACUCGUUCGACGAUGAAUCCUCGCUGCGCACCCACCUGCAGGGUCUCGUCGGCACCGAUACGCCGCUAGCCAAGUCGUUCGUCCGCGACUUUGUCCGCUCGCGCUUUCGGCAGCAGGCUAGUGCGAGUGGCUCAACGACACCCACUCUUUCAGCAUCAGCUACGCCGAGGUCGGCUAGUCCAGCACUGGGGUCGAGAACACAGAAGAAGCGCGGGAAGAAGACGCUGGCCGAGCGCGCGGGAAUUGGGCAGACAAUGGCGCCGAGGAAGGUGGAGGGAACGGGAGAAGAUGAGCAGGGGCAGAUGGCGAGGCUCUCAGAGGCCUUUGGCGGGAUGGGGACGGUGUAUAGGAAGAAGCAGGGGGAAGACGAGUUUUUUGCGGGAACAGGUAGGGGUAAGAAGGGAAAGCAGCCGGUCAAGGACGCGAUGCCGAUAGAAAGCGACCCCAAGAUUCAGCCCGUUGCAACAGCUGGAGAGGCUGUUCAUGACUCCGAAGCUGCAGCUGCCGCUCUCAUGGACCUCGACGAUCACCCAUCAUCAGCCUCAGGUUCCCACGCCAAAUCGCAGCCAUCCCCACCACCAACCGCCGAGAUGCUCGCUAUCGAUGCCGUCGUCGAGGAGCUGACUUCGACGCUCUCUUCCAGCUCAGAAGCUUCUUCAUCGACCACGAUCAACCGCAAGAUGUGCUUCUGCCAAGGCCGUCGGCACGCACUCGCGCCCUAUGCACCGCUCUGCUACUCGUGCGGGCUCAUCCUCUGCUCUGCGAUUCACCCUUCUCCGCUCAGCCCUCUGUCCUCGUGCCCGUCUUGCUCCGCUUCACCGUUACUGGGCGCUGCAGCGCGCUCCGACCUCGUCGCCAAGCUCACCGCCGAGCGCGAGAUCCUCUUCGAGCAGCAACUCCUUCAAAUCCAAAUCCAACGAGAGCAGAAGAAGCUCAACAAGACCUCGGCGCGCACUGCGAGAGAAGAGGAAGCGGCUCUGUUCCCCAAGCUUGGCAUGGAAGCCGUUCCCCCCACUUCAUCAAAUGGAGUCCCGCACGCAGGCCCGGUGAUCGGCAAGCAUGGCGCACUGCAAAAGGCCAAAGCUAUCGCAAGCGAUGCCCAGAGAACAGCCAAAGUGUUGAGUCUCGACAUGAAGACGCACAAGGUGAAACAGCAUACCAAGUUGGUACGGCCGAAAGCAGUGGAGAUGGUGAGCGGCGAGGCGGAGAAGGAGGAGCAGGAGAAGCCGGAGGAUCGGGAUCCUUUCGUUGGGCUAGAUGGAUCGGCGCUGGUCAAGAACGUUAAUGACGACGGUCUGCGGUCAGUCGUCAAGACGAAUGCGAGAUCCAAAGGGGUAAAAGGCAUUCCUGCGCGCAGCUGGACCUUCGCCGGUCAGCAGGUCAUCUUGCGACCCACCCAGGCUGUUUCCUAG